UGCACCCCAUCAUACUCACCACCACUCUACCCAUCCGUCCCGAAAGGAAAGCUUUCAAAAAGAUUUGCUCCGAUUUACAAUUUGCUGAGCAAUAGCGGGCAUGCCACGCUGCGACCGAAACAAGGAUUCGAGGAGAACAUGGAAAAAUUGCCUUCACUUUUACAAAUGCACUUUAUAUUUAUUCAUCUUUAGUCUGGAACUAAACAGCAGCGCUUCAGAGCCUGUGAAUGGUGAUGUGUUUGUGUUCUUCCACGAGGGGGCUCAGGGCUGUCUAGGGGUGCAAGGUCACUCCCUGUCCCUGUCCGAGUCCUGCGAGGAUGGCGCCCAGAAGUGGAAGUGGGUGACCCGGGGCCGGCUCUUCAACCUAGGCUCCUCUCUGUGCCUGGGCCUGACAACAGGCAACUACAGCUCCAGGGAGGACGUCUCACCGCUGGGCGUCUACCCCUGUGACAGAGAGCCUCCAGGGGUCCGAUGGACCUGGUACUGUGCCCAUGUGUUGGAGAACCUCAACCUGUACCUGCCGUCACCCUCGCAUCCUGUUAACCCCUCCGCUAACUCCUCAGUGGUGGCCUGGGAUGUCAAGCCCCCACGAGAGGGGCUCAAGUGGAGGCUCUUUGGGGACGAUCAGGACCUGUGUUCUAGGACCUAUCGUGAGAUCUAUACUAUCCAGGGGAACUCUCACGGUCUGCCCUGCUACCUGCCCUUCAUGUACGAUGGCCAGUGGUUCCACAACUGCACCAGUAUUGGCAGAGAGGACGGUCACCUGUGGUGUGCCACCACCUUCGACUAUGGCACGGACGAACGCUGGGGCUUCUGUCCUGUUAAGAGCAAUGACUGUGAGACGUUCUGGGACACAGACCCCUUGACAGACAGCUGCUACCAGUUCAACUUCCAGGCCACCUUGUCAUGGAGCGAGGCUCGCAUCAGCUGCCAACAGCAGGGGGCAGACCUGCUCAGUAUCACCAAGCUGCAUGAGCAGACCUACAUCAACGGUUUGCUGACUGGUUACAGUGCUGCUCUGUGGAUCGGUCUGAAUGACCUGGACAUUAGCGGAGGUUGGCAGUGGGCUGACUCCUCCCCGCUCAAAUACCUCAACUGGGAGAACGACCAGCCGAGCCAUGUGGAGGAGGAGAACUGUGCGGUGAUCAGGACAGAGUCGUCUGGCCGCUGGCAGAACAGAGACUGCUCUGUAGCCCUUCCCUAUGUCUGUAAGAAGAGACCCAAUGCCACCCUGGACCCCUUCACCACUGACUCGUGGGCGGAUGAUGAGAAGUACGAGUGUGAUGUGGGCUGGCAGGCGUUCCAGGCAGGCUGCUACAGACUGACGUCAGAGAAGGUGGACUGGGACACUGCUCAGAAAACAUGUCAGAAAAUGGAAGCCAACCUGGUCAGCCUCCACACCCUGCCUGAACUAGAGUUCAUCAUCAACAACAUCAAGCGAGGUACACAGAUAAUACAGCACGUCAUGGAAAGGUACCUCAACCUGAAGACAGAUGUGGAGGAGCUGUGGAUUGGUCUCCAUGACACGGCUAUGCAGAUGGACUUCCAAUGGACAGACCACACGCCCGUCAUCUUCACUUACUGGCAUCCCUUUGAGCCCAACAACUUCCAAAACACCCCAGAGGACUGUGUCACCAUCUGGGGACCCGAAGGCCGCUGGAAUGACAGUCCCUGUAACCAGACCUUGCCAUCCAUCUGUAAGAAAGCAGCCCAGAAGACUGACGGACAGGCACAGAACCACGGGUGCAAACCAGGCUGGAAAUGGCACAGUCCGGCCUGCUACUGGGUGGGAGAGGAGCAGGUGACCUUCGAGGAGGGCAGGAAGGCCUGCGCUGGCAGCGGAGCUACCCUCAUCACCAUCACCAAUAGGUUUGAGCAGGCAUUUGUCAACAGUCUGGUGUUUGGCCGUUCUGGGGAUUCAUUCUGGAUAGCCCUGCUUGACCAGAACAGCCCCGGAAAAUUCCACUGGUUCAGCGGGGAUGAAGUGGCCUAUACCAACUGGAACAGAGACCAGCCAGGAGGAAACAUCAAAGGGGGCUGUGUAACCAUGGAGACGGGCUACGCCACAGGCCUAUGGGAGGUGAAGGACUGUGCGUCGGCCCGGGCUAAGUUCAUCUGUAGACUGAACCAGGACACGUCCCUCAGCCCUGAGCCCCCCGCCCCGCACCCCACCCCCAGCCUCACUGGAUCCUGCCCCAACGGGUGGAAGACAAACGGCAAGCUGCACCACUGCUACAAGGUGUUCGACUCAGCCCAGAUGGACCAGAAGCUGAGCUGGCUGCAGGCCCACCUAGCCUGUCAAAGACACCAUGGAGCCAACCUGCUGAGUGUCAGUGGCCCAGAGGAGGAGCACUUCAUACUGCAGAUACUACACGAAGCCUUUGGGGAGUCAGAGGACCAUGAGCAACGCUGGUUCUGGAUCGGCCUGAACCGCAGGAACCCCAUGGACAACGGGAGCUGGAAGUGGAGCGAUGGACUGGCCUAUACGUACCAGAACUUUGGACGUUACUACUACAACGUCCGUCAGUGUGCAGCAGCAGACCUGGGCACCAUGACCUGGCUGGCCAUGGACUGCGGCACUGAACUGGACUGGAUCUGCAAGAUCCCCAAAGGAAAAGUUGAUCAGGAUCCAAACCCCACUGAAGCCCCCACUGCCAGUGAGUGGGUGGGCUUCCAGGAGGCAGAGUAUAAGUUCUUUGACCACCGGUCUACGUGGGACCAAGCCCAGAGGAUCUGCUCCUGGUUCGAUGCUUCUCUGGCUUCCAUCCACUCUUCUGCGGAGGAGGUUUUCCUUGCCAACACACUGCACAAGAUGACCAAGGUAGAGGGGGACCACUGGUGGGUGGGGCUUCAUACGUAUGAGAACGAUGGCCGUUUCCACUGGUCAGACCACUCUGUGCUCAACUAUGUGUCCUGGGCUCUCGGCAGGCCACACCCACUCAGCCGCGACCGCAAGUGUGUCCACAUGUCAGUCAGCAAAGCGGAGUGGGCAGAUCAGAAAUGUCACUCAGACCUGCCCUACAUCUGUAAGAGAGUGAAUGUCACAGGCACUAUCCCACCCACACCCUCCACCCCCCUGCCCCUCGCGGGCUGCCCCGAUGGCUGGGGCCCCUUCCUGCACAAGUGUUAUAAGGUGUUUGGUCAUGAGGAGAGCCGGAGGGCCACAUGGUCAGGAGCCAGGCUCAUGUGUGAGUCACAGGGAGGAGCCUUGGCUGUGGUGCCCAAUCACGUGGAGCAAGCCUUUGUCACCACUCUGCUGUCCAACGUGAGUUUUGACCUGUGGGUGGGGCUCACGUCUGACUCUAAAGGCCACUUCCAGUGGGCUCGUCCUGGACUCCUCAGCUACACCAACUGGGCCUCUGGAGAACCCCUGGACAACAGUGGACCACUCCACAACAAGGCUCCGAGGAACUGUGUGGUGAUGAUCCAUGGGAACCCAGCUAAAAAUACUGGCAUGUGGGCAUCCCGGGCCUGUGAGAUGGAGAAACAUGGCUACAUCUGCCGGAAGAAACAAGACCCAGCUCUGCCCCCUGGCGCUGCCCUCCUGCCCUCCUCCCUGUCGGGAGCCCUGGACCUGGGUGGAGUGUCGUACCGCAUAGUGAAGAAGCGCUUGGACUGGAUGGGGGCGCUGCAUGUGUGCGAGUCUCUGAACGGGACGUUGGCUUCAGUGAGAGACCCCUACCAACAGGCUUACCUCACACUGCUGAUGAACAGCCUACACCUCCCAGCAUGGAUCGGCCUUUACAACUAUGGGGGACGGAGCUUCAGCUGGUUGGGCGAGGAGGACCUGAGUUACACUGCCUGGCGGGAUGGGGAGCCUAAUACACUGUCUGGAUGUGGUCACAUGACCACGGUGGGGCAGUGGACUAUGACCCCCUGUGACGCUAAACUGGAUGCUGCCAUCUGUCAGAUUAAUACAGAGGAGGCUUUGGUGCACAAGUGGAGUUUCCCAGGACAGUGCCCUCACUCUCUGGGCGACUGGGCCUGGUUGCCUUUCAGGAACCACUGCUACUCCUUCAACCUGCAGAGCCUCCGGCUGCAGACCGACGCCCACUCCUCCUGCAGGAAGGUGGGUGGCCAGCUGCUGUCGGUCCUGGAUGAAACAGAGAAUGGCUUUGUGUGGGAGCACAUCCAGGGCUACCAGGAGCAGGCCCACGGAGCCUGGCUGGGUAUGACCUUUAACUCCAAAGGGGGCAGUCUGAUGUGGUCUGAGAGUGCAGAGGUGAAGUUCACUAACUGGGAGGUGCAGGGCACCAACUUGAGCAUGCUGUUUCCCAACGCCUGCUUCUGGAUCCAGAGCAACACAGGCCUUUGGAAACCAGGCUCCUGCAAGAACCACACACACGGAGUCAUCUGCAAACGGCCACGCAGUGCUGAGGCUUUGGCGGUAGUCUCUGAAGAGGACCACCUGCCCACUCUGAUUGUGAUCAUGGUGACGGGCCUGGCGUUGGUGAUCCUCAUCGUGAGCGUGAUCUACCUGUACCGCCGGCGCCAGGCAGGCUCCCGGGGAUCUUACGAGGGGGCGCGCUACAGCCGCACCAAGUCCAACCCCUCCGAACAGGCCGAGAAGAACAUCCUGGUGUCUGACAUGGAGCUCAACGAGCAGCCGGAGUAGCACAGCCCACCAGGACUGGCCCCUCCCCCCAGGGCAGAAAACACCUGGGAGUACCUAAUACUGACUGACCCACUGUCUGACUGAUACACAUUCUGCUUCUACGUUUUAUGUCCCUGUUCUGUUUGAAAAGAUGUUGAAGAUGCUGAAGGUCUGUGCUGUGUGGAGCGCAGCAGAUGCUAAUCAAAUUCCAUUUAAACAGUCAUUCUCCAAAGGGGUUAAUAAUAUGCAAAUUACAAUAUGAACUGCUUUUCUUAGUAGUAUAGCAAUAAUGUUUCUGAUGUCAGUUUCACAUUUCAUUUCAAACAAGUUCCUGUUUUUGGUCGCUAAGUCUAAAAGGCAGAUGCCAAAAGCCAAAGACAAAGGCUUUGCACCAGUUCUUCCCUUGUCAGGAGACUCAGUAUCAUCCAAAUAUCAACACAACCUCCAUCGAGACCAUGACAGUAUUUACCUGAGGUUAACUUCAGGUUUGUUUUGUAUAUUUCCUUUUGGUUUGUUUGUGUGUUUUUUGUCCAGUGCAGCUGUAGUGAAUCUGUAGUGAAUCUAAUUCUGGUUGUUGUAGUGAAACUUUUGUUGUUGCCCGUCCCCUUCCCUCCCUCCCUUCUGUUCUGACUGACACGUCAGCAGAGCCUGGUUGGAAAGCAAUACUUACUUUGGUGUGAAAGAGAAGAGGA